AUGAGGAGACAUAAACACCUCUCCCACUUUUCGAUUCCAGUUGCUCUCGUCAGCAAGCUUCCUCAUUACGUCUGCCAGGUCAUCACAAUACCCGUCUACUUCUUCCGCAUUCAGCUGUGCUGUAUCCCACGAGGCAAUGAAGAAGAUGUUUUCUUGAUCAACCAUGAAAGCGCUCCAAAAGAGCCCACUAGUAGUCGUUUUGUUAUUUCAAUCAUAUUUGGCCACUGGCUCCAGAGUAUCAAAAUCACUGCGGAAUCCUCGAGACGCUGCGACUCCCAUGCUCACAUCCCACACAAAAGAUUGACGGAAUGA